CGGCCGGUGCUCUGCUGUGCCCUGCUCCGCUGGCCCUCUACCUGCCCUAGCGGCUACUUGUUGUGGUCCCGUGCAGACGGAACCAGGCACAGGGACCAGCAGCACCAGGCAGUAGCCCAGCACCAACCGCACACCCGCCCCAGGACAACUAUGGAGCAUGUCUUCUCUGCACCACCUCGCUAGACACAACGCAGAACCGGCGGCCGGCGCCCCUGCGCCGGCGCCCAGGUCCCGCAAACACACGGUCCUCGCCAACUUCAAGUCCAUCUCCAGAAGAAAGAAGCUGCUGCCGCAGACGCAGCAGUACGCCGCCCCCAGCCCGCGUGGGCCAGACCACACCCAGCACCCGCCGCCGCUCUCACGCCGGCCCUCCACCGCAUCUGCCGCCGCCGCCGCCAUCCCCUCCACGGAAACGUUCAACAACCUCGCCCAGCUCUCCAACAACCCGGCCUUGAGAACGAGAAACCCCGCCAGGAAACGGCACUCCGUGAUCAUCCACUCCGUCACAGAAGAGGAGUCCAGGAAAAACUCUGACCCCCACAACCCCCUCUACGUGGGACACUCCUCCAGGCACGCUCGCUCCACGUCCUCCCUCGACGACCUCAACCUCGGCGACGACGGGGCCAACAAUCGCCCGAGUCUGAGCAACGGCGACGACCUCGACGCCGACAGCGACCUCGAUGACGACGAUGACGACGAUGACCUCGACAUAGUCCACGUCUCCCAGGACUCGGACACGAUACUCAGAGACCUCGACCCGGGCACAGGCCUCGACGGCUCCCACUCAAGCAAGAACUACUCAAAUACCCUCAACAACGCCUUCUCAAACUACCCGUCCCAGAUAAGUGCGAUUCCAGCCUCUGCGUCCGUGCCGGCAUCUCUAUCCAGCCGUGCCUCUCUCACGAGCUCCAUCUCGACUGCAAACUCACCAUCAAGCUCCUCCAGACAGAAAUACCACCCUCUGCGCAAACUCGUCAUAAAUUCCCCAAACAACCCCUCCUCAUCAACAUUCAGUAAAAACACAAUCACUCCUGUUUCCACAGCCUCUAUUUCAACCGCCAACAGCUCGAAAACACAGGUACCUCCCUCCUCUUCCCCUUCUCCUUCCCCUUCCCCUUCUCCCUACAGGCGUCUAGACCCAAACAGCAUCCAAAACAGAGCAAACUUCAUCCACCAGCAACACAAAAACUCCACGACAGCAGCUUCCAUUCCUUCGCUUCACAUCUUCCAGCCAGACCUGUCCGACGAAAAGCCUCACAUUGUACCCGUAUCCAACUGUCUCUUUUUCGAAACUCUAAAACCACAAUCUCUUUCUCCGGCAAAACCUUCUCAAACAUUGGCAGCAGACGUGUUCGACGAUUUCGACACCUCCCCAACAAAGAAAAAAUCUUUCCCCUUCCAGCGUAUUCAUUACUCACAUCAAAACACUUUGCUAUCGACUUUUGCAAAAGGCUUGGUUGACCCAGACCUAUUCUCCACAAAUGCCUCUUCCGUCUUUUCCGGACCAAAAGCCCUUCCUUCAAAGCAUAGGACAUCCCUCUACUUUGUUUGAUCCCUGCUAUUCUGUCAUUUUUUUGUAUCUUUCUUUUCAUUUCUGCUCAGUCCAUGUUUUAUCUGUUUAAUUUACGAUUUUCUAUUUUUUCCUUCAUUAUCCUUUCUUUGACAUCUUUAUUCUCUUCCUUCUUUCUUUCUUUCUUUCUUUCUUUCUUUCUUUCUUUCUUUCUUUC